AAACAUCGCUAGGUGGCGCCCGUGAGAGGUCAAAGUAGGUCAAUAUUGGCUCGGGCGACACUUGAAUGGAGGCCGCGAGAAAAGAGCAAACAAGAACUGCGCUCCUCGGGUGUAUAACGGUUUUUAAGUGUUCGGACUUGCACACGAGGGCUGUUUGCCGCUUCUGAAGACACAAAGAAGCGCCACGAAUCCCAGGAGGAUCACAGAAAGGCCGGAUUAACCGAUAAGAAACUUGUAUCAAGUUGACGAUCUGAACCGGGCCGCGAGGAUCGCCAAAAGGAGUCCGAUGUGAGUUUUGGCCAACGGAAGUGACUCCGCCACUGAUAGCUCCAGUAUGGGGAACGGGGAGAGUACGCCAGACCCUGCCCUGCGACACAACACCACCGCAGCAAGCAUGAAGAGCCCCAUGCCGGACCAGACAGAGCUAGAGGAGAGGUUCGCCAGAGUUUUGGCGUCAAUGGACCUCCCCCCAGACAAGGCCAAGGUGCUGAGAAGUUACGACAACGACAAGAAAUGGGACCUGAUCUGUGACCAGGAAAGAGUCCAGGCCAAAGAGCCCCCACACACGUACCUACAGAAACUACAGGGGUACAUGGAAGUCAACACAGCCAAGAAGAAGAGUAGUCGCAAGAUGCUGGAGUCCACACAGGUGCUGAGGGACAUCGAGAUCUCGCUUAGGACUAACAACAUUGAGUGGGUGAAAGAGUUUCUGAACCAGGAGAACAGUGGACUGGAUGUGCUGGUGGACUAUCUCACAUUCACUCAGAUACAGAUUGUCUCGAAAGACGACACAUUCGGCAGCAUGUCUGCCAACUCCAGCCUGAGGAACAUGGUCGGCUCCAGCCCGUAGUCUCACAGACUGUCCCAUAACUACAAACCUCCAUCACCUCAUCCUAACACACAUGUUUAUACCCCACAGGAAAGACGACACAUUCGGCAGCAUGUCUGCCAACUCCAGCCUGAGGAACAUGGUCGGGUCCAGUCCGUACGCGAAGAGCCCCUCCCGCAAGUCCACCAAGAAGAACCGAGACGUGGGCACAACUCGGGAGCGUGAAGACGUGCACGUCUGUAUCAUGUGUCUCCGCGCCAUCAUGAA